UGAAAGCAUUGGUGCAAACGUAUAGUGUAGUUUGUAGAAAUAAACGCGGAAAACUAGUUUUAAUAUUGCUUUGCAUCCAAUAAUAUAAAGGAAUAUUUAAUAUUUGUACGCAAAUAUGCCUUGUUCUGCUGUCACGCUUUCUAUUGCGACAAUAUCCGCCAUUAUUGCUACAGCGUUAUUAGCUAUUGCAUUUUCUACAGACAACUGGUUGCAUUAUGAAGUUAGAAGAAAUAAUAUUCAAGUCUUUGCGGCUAAACACGCUGACGCGGAAUCUCUGCUGAUGAAUAUGAACAACAAAUAUUAUUACUACACAAGAACGAGAGGUCUCUUCAGAGUUUGCUAUCCGAAGGAGAGGCCACCAGCCAACGCGGUUCCCACAUAUUUAUCACCGAUAGAGACACACUGUUCAAAUAUCGAUUACUUUCCUGAAAUAGACGAUGAAAAGAUAUCUAAUGAAGAUGCCACCACGCGAGUACAUUUAGCUAGAUCAUGUGUUGCAAUGUUUAUUCUUAGUUUCGUUACAACCUUUUGUGCUUUUUGGACGGGAAUAUCAGGAUGUUGGAAAAGAUCAUCUGGUGCAGUUACAGCUACCUCAAUUUUACUGUUGGCAACCUGUUUGCUCACUGCUGGGGCCAUGGGGCUUUGGCAUACUGUUGAAUUCUUCGAAAAGGAAAAAAUUGUAGGCGAAGAUUAUUUUCAGCAAUGGAAUACAAUUUUAAAGGAUAACACAAAAAUUACGUAUGAUUGGUCCUAUGUUGUGGCUUGGAUUGGUGUCGGCACCUCUUUAUUGUCCGCUGUACUGCUGUCCGGUGCUGCUGUGUGUUUGAAAAAUGAACGGGAAAAAGAGGAGCAACUGAAUUUGCAAUAUCUGAUGCCAGACAUGUAGAGCUAAGCGAGGCAAAGCAAAAAAAUUUUUUCUUAAUUCACUGCCAUUGUUUUCUUAACAGGUAAGAUCACUAAAAGAAAGUUUUUCUGACAAUUUGUUUUGGGGUGGAAGGGAAGAUAAUGCAUUGUUAAUAUUUGUUAGUAAAUGUUGAAAACGGCAACACGACAGCCGUUCUCUUCAGGCAUCGGUGAUCGAAAGAACUCUGCAGGUCUGAUAAAAAAAAGAUGGAAAAAAUCAUUUAACCUACGUCCCUGGAGCUAGAAUGUUAUGUAGAAUUUUUUGAAAGUAUUUAUUUUUGUGGGAUUGGCGACUGUUUGAAUCCAAAAGUUUCGGUAAGAAAAUGACAUUCGUUAACUAAUAGAAAACUCUUAAAUAAACUUAUCCAAAAUCUCCUACUUCUCUUUAUAUGGUAAUUUUAGACAUGUAAAAAUUUCGAGUUAAAAGAAUGAAAAUUGCAAGAGUUCUUCCUUGAGCCGUUCUGAGAAAUCGUUUUUCGAGAACGACUUUAUGCUCGAAAAUGAUCCCCUUACUGCAAAAUUCAAAAACAAAAUCGUAUGCUUUACAUUUAACGUGUUACAAACGUGGUAAAAACUAGCCAAAGACUCAAAAGUUUACAAAAUGUUCCUACUUCUCAACAGUCAUUUCA